AUGGAUGUAUUUACGGACUUCUCUGUUCUAAGUCCGGGACUGAUGGACGAGUUGGAGGCUUUCAUGGCCCCCGUCGGCGAAAGCUGCUACGCACCGCAGCCGCUCGACGCACGCCGAAUCGGGGGCCACCAGCUGCCCGAGAGUCCACCAGACUCCGGAUCGGAGAAUCCCUACAGCCCAUCGGAGGCGCAGGCGCCACACACGAUUACUGUCUCGCAGACCGCCCUCGGCGGGGACUACAUGCUGGUCCACGGCCACAUACCGACCCACGAGAUCCUCCACCAGAACGGCGACUACAUAUACGAGGAGCUGAAGUCGGACAGCCUCGACCAUGAGGUCCUCAGGGCCAAUAUGGGCGACGUGGUCGUCCUACCGCAGGACCCGGUCGUUGAGUUGGGAAUGAGGACGGUGCGCCACGACCUAGGGCUGGACCCGAUAUCGUAUCAGAACCGCUACAAUCAGAUGCGCGUGGAAAUGCCGGAGCUGGAGCAGGGCAUGGUCAACCCGCAGCUGGUGGCGCUCAGCCACGACGGGGCAACCCUGACCCCGGUCUACACUAACCUCCAAGAGCCAGCCGUCAAGAAGAGGAAACACUCGCAGGACAUUAAAUGUGAGCCAGCAGCUCUGUCGCCAGAGAGCGGGAGCCACAAUGUGCGUCCAGCGCCCCCCUCAGUGGACGGUUCGGAGGCAGGCGAUGAUGCUCCGCUGCAGUGCAUCAGGUUCGCGCCCUUCCAGCAGGCCUCCUGGCACCCGCUGUACGAUUGCAACCUGGAACCUCUGCCAACCGUCUCGUACGUGGUGGGAGCGGACAAAGGUUUCAACUACUCGCAGAUAGACGAGGCCUUCGUGUGCCAGAAGAAGAACCACUUCCAGGUAACAUGUCAGAUGCAAGUCCAGGGAGAUGCGCAGUACGUGAAGACGGCGGAGGGCUUCAAGAAGAUAAACAACUUCUACUUGCACUUCUACGGCGUCAAGGCAGAGGACCCAAGUCAGGAAGUGAGAGUGGAACAAAGUCAGCCGGAUAGAACAAAGAAACCCUUUAAUCCGGUUCUAGUGGAGUUCCGCCGCGACUGCGCCAAGGUGACAGUCGGCCGGCUCCACUUCGCGGAGACCACGAACAACAACAUGCGCAAGAAGGGCCGCCCGAACCCGGACCAGCGGCACUUCCAGCUGGUGGUCGCUCUGCGGGCGCACGCCGCCCACCACGAGCUGAUGGUCGCGGCGCACGUGAGCGACCGCAUCAUUGUGCGGGCCUCGAACCCGGGACAGUUCGAGUCCGACUGCUCGGAGAACUGGUGGCAGCGAGGCGUUUCCGACAACAGCGUGCAUUACAACGGUCGCGUUGGCAUCAACACGGACCGGCCCGACGAGUCGUGCGUCAUCAACGGCAACUUGAAGGUGAUGGGCCACAUAGUGCACCCCUCGGACGAACGCGCCAAGCACAACAUCGAGGAGUUGGACACUGCGCAGCAGCUGCGGAACGUUCAGAGCAUCAGGGUGGUCAAGUUCAACUACGACCCGUCGUUCGCCGAGCACUCGGGGCUGCUGGGCCACGACCCGCGCGGCUGCGCGCCGCACGCGGACACGGGCGUCAUAGCGCAGGAGGUGCGCCGCGUGCUGCCCGAGGCGGUCAAGGAGGCGGGCGACGUCACGCUGCCCAACGGCGACACCAUACAGAAGUUCCUCGUCGUGAACAAGGAUCGUAUAUUCAUGGAGAACCUGGGUGCUGUGAAGGAGCUGUGCAAAGUGACCGGACAUCUGGAGUCGCGUAUCGAGCAGCUGGAGAGGGUCAGCAAACGCCUGCAUCGUCGAGAUAGCGCCCGUUCGAACCUCAGCAGCGAUUCUCGCUUUUCCGGAUUGUCCGCAUCUUCGAAAUCGUUCUACAGCGACGGCAACAUUUCCAUAGAGCAAAUACGGGACAUAGCGAGGAACAUCCGCCGCCACGAGUGCUGCCACAAACUGAGCCACAACUCCCCCAAGUACACUAGGAAACAGUGCAAAAACUGCCACGGGAACUUCACUAAAUACGGAAAGUACUACAACUACAACAAAACCUGCGUCCGAUACCACUCGAACAAGAUCGAGAAAGUCGAGAGUGCCGAGAACUUCCCAACAUACGUGAGCACUCUAGACUCCCCCGUCCAGAAGUUGCCAGAUGAAAAUUACAGCGUUACUUCGAAACAGAAGGAUUCGUGUCUAUGGCUUAGAGACGAGGAUAGCCUGACUUAUGGCAACAACAAACUGGCGUUUUGUUGCCGAAGAAAGGACAGAUUCGGCGACGCGAGCAGUGAACUAAUUUCUAAUAAGUUCCUGCAGAUUGUCAUUACUAUUCUAAUAUUCAUAAUGGCAAUAUGCCUCGUCGUCAUGACAGCGUUAUACUUUAGAGAACACCAGGAACUCCUGUCGAUGAAAGAGAUACGAAUGCACGAGAAAUUCUCAAACUACCCUCACUACGGCAAGUUCAACGUCAACGGCGGACCGGCGCACAGGGCGACGCCCCCCGACCAGAACCAAAUACAGAAUUUGAAACCGUCACAGCACGUGGCCGCGAAGAAAACCGCGAAAGAGAAAGGGACGCACAAAACCACGCAGGAGUACACUACAUCUACGCCGGCUGAAACUUCACAUCCCACGACCACACUAGUCCACGCGUCCAGAAACUUCCUCAGGAACGUACUGAAUAUGGGUCAAACGCCCCAACCGCUGCGAAUGGAGAGGCUAGUAUCAAUGUCCCGGAUAGCUGACGUGGUCGGCGGCGGGUGCACCUUCACCGUCAAUACAGACAACGAGCUCGACGCCGAAUGCCAGUCUUGCGGGCUGGAGGCCCCGCAAACGUACGAGAACCAGGAGCCCUUAGAGCGGCCAAACGAAAAGGACCUGAACGACACCUUCGCGCGCGCUUUGGACCCCACCCUGAAAGAGAUCCUCAGCAUCCCCGUAGUACUCGAGAAGAACAACUCAGACACGCUGAAGAGUGAGAACGACUCCCUCAGGGGCCACGUAGACGCGCACGACGAGAUCUUGGCCGAGUCCAAUUUGCUGGACCCCAAUAAGCAGAACGGAACAGAAGCGAGGAUGAAGAGGGAGCUGGGGGGACGGAGAGAGGAGAGGAUCAAACGCGAGGUGCGCGAAACGAAGGAGGCAUUACUGAGGAGCAGCUCGGAAGAGAUGACGUUGACGGAACAGUCUGAUGAGGCGCCUCUGUCUCAGGAGUGCGAGAGCGUCAGUGUGGGCGUGUCCAGCAACACGGUGGCGAACGCCUCGCUGUUCACCGAGACGGUGUGCGCUCGCGGCCUCCACAACUACACUUACGGCGUGCCCCUGUCUCACUGCCUCCACCACAAACACGUCGCCAUCACCUUCAGAACGUCAAUACUGAAGGAGGUACGUCUCUGCGAUCUUCGCUGCAAAUACGACACCAUCAAGAACUGUCAAUUGAACAGGGACAUCGCUAAGCCGUUGCCCAGCGGCAACACGUGGACCGCCAAAAUGACCCUUGACUGCAAAAUGGACCGGCAUAUGAAAAUACGAGCUGGCUUUGAGCCUCUAAAGGAUGUCUGCUAUUUGAGUUCGGAGCAAAAGAUACCAUUCGUCGAGUACAACAUACACGUCUAUCGAGAUUGCCGUAAU